AUGGGCUCCAAGGCCACUACAACCCCAGCUCUCUUUCUUGCCUUUAACCUUGCCUUUUUCAUUCUGGUCAGUGCUUGUGUCCAUUGCGCACCAUCACCUCCUCAAGCAACUUGCCCAACAGAUGCCCUGAAAUUCGGCAUAUGUGCUAAUUUGCUGAGUGUGAUUGGGAUCUUCGGUGGACCUCUCAUAACAAAACCUUGUUGCUCUCUCCUUGAUGGCCUUGUUGACCUUGACGCAGCCGUUUGCCUUUGCAAAGCCAUCAAAGCCAAUAUUUUGGGCAUCCACUUUAAUCUCCCACUUUCCGUUGCCGUGAGUCUGAAUGCUUGUGGCCGGCAAACUCCACCAGGGUUCAUAUGUUUCUAA